AACGUAAAACACAAUUGUUAUAUAUAUAGCGAAGUAUUUGUAAAAACGGCAUGUUUAUAUUUUGAAAAAUGUUGUUCUUCGACACCAGUAGAACGCGCUGAAGUCCAUUCCAUGUUGGAAAAAAGGAGGUAGGGAGUGCGUCAAAACGAUUGAACGGGCAAGAUAGGGAAGCUCCAGGCUUUAGCUAUUACAUCCAGUGGGCUAUGGUACAGUGUGCUGUCUGCUUUCGUCUUCACUAGCUUUAACUCUUCGACCUCGUAGUUUUUAUCGAUUUUUGGCUUUUAAUCUAGUCAUUUUACAAGCAACGCUAAGAAGGGAAAGAAUGGAGUAUAUUGUAAAACAAUAAAACGUUUUGUCACAAUUUCAAUUCCUUAAGGAACUAUUACAAGAUCGUAGGACGGUAGGAGCACAUGGCUCAGAAAUAUCAUCGGGAAAGCACACAGUACGAUUCGUUUUUGUAGGUUUCUUUGUGUUGAUGGAUUAGUCACCCUAGAGCAAUUACGAGUAUUUGGAUCAUAUACAAUCCAAUCCACAAAUUAAUGUUGAAGUUGCUGUGAAAUAUGCAACUAGCCCCUAGCAGAUGAGUUCGUUGGAACUACCUAGCCAAAGGUUCAGACUUUUUAUUUCAAGAUUUAAGUCCUGAGGCUGCGAUAUCCUGAAUUAGGUCGGGAAGGUGCCUUAAGUUGUAGAAUGAAAAAUAUUUCACCUUGUCCUUAAAUAUUUCACCUUGUCCUUGCCAUUAGCUUCUGUAGUCAACUACGCUUCUAGGUUCUAACGUGGACUCUUCACCUUACCCAUACAAAUUCCUUAGAGCUACACUUUCGAGGGGCAGUAGAUGAGUGAGGAGCUUCUCUACCAUACGGAGAUGAUUGUGUUGUCUCUACCAUUGUCUUCACAAUAGGAUAUGACAGAUGCCACGGCGAUGCCUUCAUUAGAGCGGGAACGAUCAGUCGAGAACAGCUGCUGUGCCUCUUCUACAACAGCAACAUCGUCCACAGCGUUACGACGCAAAGGCAGAUGCAAAUGGGUUAACGUGUCCAAAGGAUGGGGAUUCGUUACGCCGGACGACGGAAGUCCCGACAUCUUCGUUCAUCAGAGCGUGAUCCGGAUGAGCGGGUUUCGUAACCUGGCUGAGGGCGAAGAGGUCGAGUUGGAAACUAAAGACGUGGUAAAAGGAGAAGAGGCAACGAUGGUGACUGGGCCUGGUGGUUCUGAAUGUCGCGGUUCGCAAAGGCACCCAAAAAAGACGAUAAAAUCUAAAAGGAUCAGAUGCUACAACUGCGGAGUAGUCGGAAGUCACAUCGCUUCUAAAUGCACAAUGGGACCUCAGCCCAAAAGAUGUCACCAGUGCAAAGCAGAGGAUCACCUCAUUUCUGAGUGCCCUAGUAAAUCGGAACGUCGGAGUCGGGCUGCUAAUACAAAUACGGAAAGCAAGAAAAGCGCACCUGUCUGAAAAGCAGACGAAACUUUAGCGCAGCAUAAGCAGAUCCACCUGCAGCUCACUACGAGCCAACAGUUUUUCCUACCGACAUAACAUAACGAACAGCAGCAAACAGCCCCGCCAAUUAUCAAAUCCGGAAAUUUUUAUUACGUAAUGAAACAUAUCUUUAAAGGUACGUCGUUUAACGUAUCUAUCUGCCCCUCUAGCCUUGCUCAACUGCAUUCUAUUUCCACACACGCUCCUCAGGUCACAUGUUGAAAAAAAGUUCAAAAUAUUCAGAAUCAAAAAAAGAUUUGUCACUUUAUCCUACCAAAUGUUGUAUACCAUUAAACAUUUCUAACUAUUGUUAUUAUUAUGUACCUGUAGUUACAUAAUAAUGCCAUACAUUUAUCUACCUCGUUAAA